AUGAAUAUCUAUCUAGUUUUCCUAUAUUUUAGCCCGGCUCUGGCACAAACAGGGACAAAUAUGAAAGAUUUAUACACCUACUUAUUAUCCCCGUUCAAUUACAACAAAGACAUUCGACCUGCCAGAAACCAAACGAUCUCCACACAAGUGGGCGUACAGCUUUUAUUAACCGGACUCCAUCACAUCGACGAAACGCAUCAAAAAAUGGUCUCGGCGGGCACACUGACCAUCAGAUGGACGGACGAAUAUUUAACUUGGAAUCCAUCUUCAUUCGGAGGAGCGAAUUUUAUAGAUGUUCCACAAGGAAUGAUUUGGAAACCUCAUCUACAAGUUCGAAACGGGAUGAACGAUUUCCAUGAAUUAGGUGGAAAUUUCAUGUUUCUUAGAAUUUUCAGCACGGGAGAUGUUGUAUGGUCACCACACAAACUUUUCGAAACCAAAUGUAGAAUUGAUAUCGCAUUCUUUCCAUUUGAUCAGCAAACAUGCUCUGUGGAACUGGUAUCGUGGACCAGGGAUAUUUCGAACAGUGUUGAUGGAUUUAGAAUAAGCGAACUCAUUCACGGCCACUGGUCAGUAUCUUCCCAUUCUGUCACAACAUACAUUGAUAGUAACGAUUCUGUGAUGUCCUUCAACAUCACAUUAGACAGGAAACCCAAAAUCUACAUUCUCUUCAUAAUUAUUCCCAUUGGUUUUCUCAUUAUUUUGGAUCUUCUUACAUUCCUGCUACCCAAUGAUUGCGGAGAAAAAGUGUCCUACUCCAUUACUGUUUUGCUGGCUCUAUCAAUUUUCCUUACAAUUGUCGCAAGCAUGCUUCCAGCUAAUUCUGAUUCAAUAUCGUAUCUUGAGGUAUGUAUCGUUGUUGUCAUUGGACAGGGUGUAUUAAUUCUGAUCGGGACAGCGAUCUCGUUGAGAAUACACGACUGGAAAGACGAUGAAAUCGUGCCAUGGUGUGUUCAGAGUUUUACUCGAUUAUCAUGGAAACUACAGUGCAAAUACAAGAAAAUUAGAAACUCAAACGUGAAAUAUUCUGAGAGCAAAACUAAAGUUGAGACUCUGGAGAGUAAGGCCGAAGAGAAGGAGCUGCAAUCAGAGGAAGCGGACGUUAGGCCCGUUAACUGGAUUGACGUGACAUAUGCACUGGACUUCUAUAUGUUCUGGACUUUCUCUGUGGUGAUGGUAAUAGUGACGGUCAUCACUUUAGGAUUAUACUUAUCUAAGUAAAGAGAUGGUGAAAUAGUG